UGUCGGGGUAUUUGACCGUAGCUCAGGAAAAAAAAUGAUUGAACAGAGAUGUGAUUGUUCUUUUUCCGCGUCGAGAGCAGUGAAGUCGUGGCUUGUUUCUGCUAGUUGACGGCGACGUUGAAUUGCAUUUAAUUGCGUCCAAGAAACGGAAUGUCGUUUCGGACGGAGACGUUGUGUUAUUCGGCGCAUUUCCAGGGUCAGACGAUGCUGAACGGCUAGUCGGCUCGUAUACAUUACCCUGUGUUGGUGGUAGAGCUCUGGGGUUUCUUGUUUUUUAAGAAUUCUCAUUAUCGUGUUUGGGACAUUUCUUUGUGUGUAUCCGGAGAUAUUCGCCUCAAAGCCACACAACGGCUGUGAAGCUGAAGCUCUUCGGGACUUCUCGGUGUUUGUGCUGGUCAGCCACGUCAGCUAUAUUCACUGAUAAACUCGGAGAGCAUCUGUUCUCUUUGGUUCCCACGUUUAUUUGGUUGAAAACCGUCAGAGUGACGUCCAAUGACAAUGGCUCCGAUGGGUAUCCGGCUGUCACCGCUCGGUAUGGCGGUGUUUUGCCUGCUGGGAGUCGGUGUCAUCUACCACCUGUAUGCCGGGGUCUUCUCCAACCACCUGUCCUACUUCAGGCAGAGGAAAAAGGUGGACCUGAGAGACCUGUUAGCCGUCUCUGUGGAGGCUGCACAACUGGGUGGGGAAGAGGUGAAAAGAGUACGCAAAGAAAACACACUCAACGAGAAGUCAAAGGGAGAAACAAAGGAGGGAGCUAAAGAGCUUCUGACUAUGGGGGACCUGCAGUCGCACCGGAAGAUGUAUAACCUAAUAAAGAACACAUUUCCUGAAAUCACUGUAUACAGCGAGGAAAGUGACAGCAAACCAGAUUCGGUAUCCUGGAGCAGGAACAUACCUGAUGGCAUCCUCAAGCUGGAGAAAGGCAGGGAGGUUUCUGCUGAUAGCAUCACUGUGUGGAUUGAUCCAUUGGAUGCUACUCAAGAAUACACAGAGAAAUUGGUGAAAUAUGUGACCACUAUGGUGUGUGUUGCUUUAGAGGGUAAACCAGUCAUUGGUGUCAUACACCAGCCAUUUACAGGGUUUACUGCCUGGGCGAUGGUAGGUCAGGGAACAAACAUGGAGCACAGAUCGUCCUACAACCUCAACUCGCCAAAAGUGAUUGUGUCACGGUCACAUUCUGGAGAAGUAAAAAACUUUCUUCACUCUGCUUUUGGAAACAGCACAACAAUAAUCCCAGCAGGUGGCGCAGGAUACAAGGUGCUAUCGCUGUUGAAGAUGCAUUCAGGACAAACAGAGCCUAUAGAUGAAGCAGAUGUUUACAUCCACAUCACCGUCAUUAAGAAAUGGGACAUCUGCGCUGGUGCCGCACUACUGAACGCACUUGGAGGCCACAUGACCACUCUGAAAGGGGAGAACAUUGACUUCAGUGGAACUCCUUUGAACGAAGGAGGACUGGUGGCCAGUGUUGAAGUGGAUCAUAAGAACAUACUGGCCAAACUUCCAAACUGGGACCUUUCAAAGCACUGAAAGACAACCACAGAACCAUUGGCAGCUCCGGCAUGUUGUGCUGAGGCUUACAUGAAGAAGAGAUGAUUAAACAUCAAACGUUCAUGUUAUUUUUUUCUUUUCUUUUUUUUUUGAAAGCUGGGCGGGGAUUUGCUGUCUACACAAACCUGGCCCACUGAACAGGAUUGUGACCAGCAUGGUUACCACAAUGGUUCUUGAUUCACACUCCUCCACAGCUACAUGCAUCAUUCAUCCAUCUUAUGUGAAACCGCAUGCUCACAAGGAAUUGUAGGAAAACAAUGGACCCUUCCAUGUCUCCUCCUUUCACCUUCACAGGAGAACAGGGGAACUUUAAUGUGAAAAUCUCUGGAGCGUACAGCUGAACAUUGCAGGAGAAACUCUGGAGUUCGGCAUCUGCUUCCACCAUCGUAGAUGUCUUUAUUUUAUUUUUUCAUAUUUCAAAAGAGCCUAACACUAAUUUAGAGAGGAAUGUUUCAGAGAGCAUCAGACAUUAGCCCAUCUCUGCAACUAAUGAAACUUUGGAUUUUGAGUAAAUUUAUGGGUUAUUGUGUUAAGAAAUCCUUUUAUUAUUUUAUUUAAAUCCUUUAUCUUUUAUUAACAUUAUAUUAAGAUGGAUUAAUUGAGAAUAAGUUAAUUAUGAGUAGAGGUCUCAUAUUGUGGCCAAGAGAGAAGCUGAUCGACCAGAUUUGUGUUGAGGGUUCCAUGUUUAUCAGAUAAUUGAGCAAAUCAGUUUAAAAACUUUUAUUAAAGCAAAAAAUAACUAACAAAAGCUGUUGGAGUGGCAGUGAUUACACAAGAAGGAAUUUGAUGUUGAACUUAAUAACUCAACACUUUUAAUAACCAGAAUUUGUGCCACAAUAAAUGCUUAAAAUUGGUACUUUUUACUUAUCUAUUCAAAAUUCAUUCAGCAAAAGAAGUGAAGUAGUCCUUUACCUAACCCCAGAACUUCUCCAGUCCAAACAGUUUGUUUUGAUGGUGCUCGAUUUAGAAACCUUGGAAACCACGCAAUAGACUUGUCAAAGUCAGAAAGAUUUUUCAGUGAGAGAAACCAGAUCCUAGUUGGAAAGAGAAAUUAGUACUUCCUCAUUUCUGCCUACAAGUGGCUUCAAAACUCUGAAGUAUGCAUGCAUGGUUUGGAUUUUUGGUCUUGAUGAAUCCCUGUUUCCUUUGACUACUGUUUGUCUUUCAGCACUGUGUCGGUCGUACCUGAGUCACUUUUGACUUUUUGUGUUCAGUCGAAAAAUACCAGCAGAGAUCUCACCCGAGUGUCUGAAGAAGGUACAUUUAUUAAAGGAUCUUUUCAUGUUUACCUUGUUUUGAUAGCAUUUGUGUUGAUGUGUAGAUUAAACUCUGUUUAGGUCAGAAAUUAAAUAUUGAAGCGGUUUCGUCUGCCACUGGUUGACGAGGCUUGACAACUUGUCGAUAGAGGUGAGGAACGAUCUGGAGUGGGUUGGCUAUUUCA